AGGAAACGCGUUCAAAACCGGAAAGUUUGGGUCCGGAUUGCUUCGGGGGCCCUGGGGACUAGUGACCUGGAUUGUAACUCCAGCUUAGCGCCCCCCCCCCCACACACCUGCUGUGUCUCCUUUGGCUGUGUAUCAAAGGCAGGUUUUCAGCUGUCUGACCUUGAGCAAAUCACUUUCUCGGAGCCCCUUUAAGCGGGUGUAUUGCCUGUUGCAUGGGGUGCUGGUGAGAAUAACAGAAAUUCGUGACAGUGCCGUGCCCAGAUCAAGCCGCAAAGAAAAUUACAAAAGAAAUGGAUGGCUUCCUACGAACAUUGAGGCAGAAGACCAAAAUUGGAGUGGUAGGUGGGUCGGAUUUUGAGAAAGUGCAAGAGCAACUGGGAAAUGAUGUGAUUGAGAAGUAUGAUUAUGUGUUUCCAGAGAAUGGCUUGGUAGCAUACAAAGAUGGGAAGCUUUUGUGUAAACAGAGUAUUCAAGGUCAUCUGGGAGAGGCAGUGAUCCAGGACCUCAUCAACUACUGUCUGAGCUACAUUGCAAAAAUUAAACUCCCUAAGAAAAGGGGAACUUUCAUCGAAUUCCGAAAUGGCAUGUUGAACGUGUCCCCUAUUGGAAGAAGCUGCAGCCAAGAGGAACGAAUUGAGUUCUACGAACUUGAUAAAAAAGAAAAUAUACGACAAAAAUUUGUAGCAGACCUGAGGAAGGAAUUUGCAGGGAAAGGCCUCACUUUCUCUAUAGGUGGCCAAAUCAGCUUUGACGUCUUCCCUGAUGGAUGGGACAAGCGGUAUUGCCUGAGACACCUAGAACAUGAUGGUUACAAGACCAUCUAUUUCUUUGGAGACAAGACUAUGCCGGGUGGCAAUGACCAUGAGAUCUUCACAGACCCCAGAACUGUGGGCUACACAGUGACAGCACCUGAAGACACACGCAGGAUCUGUGAGGAGCUCUUCCCUUAACACCAGAGGAAUGGGGUCCUGGCCAACAAAGCUGAAAGGUCACUCAGGGUCAGGAGUCAUUUAGUGCCAGAGCUGGAGUCCCUCCUCAUGUGCAUCUGCCCCUAGCCUCCAGCCAGGCUGUUCUCAUGGGUCCAGUCACACAGGGACUAGAGGUCAUCUUACUGGGCAUGCCUCUACCUCUGUCCAGCAUCACCAGCAGCCCCAAGGGAAAGGAAAGAACUUAAGUCAGAAAUGGCUGUGGCUCAGUGUGAUGGCUCACGCCUGGACUCUGUACUCAGGAAGCAGUACUGAGGCAGGAGCAUUGCCACAAGUUGGAGGCCAGCCUGGGGGUACAGAAUGAGACCCUGUCUCAAACAGAAUAGUGGCUCUGGGGUUGGGGGCAUAGCCCAGAGAACACUUGCCUGGCAUGGAUGAGGCCCUCUCUUGGAUCCCAACCAAGAUUUAGGUACCUUAAAACAGAAGUAUUUCACCAUUCCCUUCUCCCAGCCCAUGGUCUGAGAGCCAGCUGAUGGGAUACAUGGCUGGUCUUUGAAAUUUCUCCAUGAUGAUACAGGAAAACACAAGCAUGUGCCUGGGCCCCUUACCCUUUGUGGAACUUGAGAUGGGGUUUGGAGAGGGCUGUUUUGAGACAUGGUCUCCCUAUGCAGCCCUGGCUGCCCCAGAACCCGCUCUGUAGACCAGGCUGAGCUGAGCUCAAGGGCGUUGCCUCUGCCUUACAAAUGCAGAAUGCAGAUUACAUGCACCAGCACAGCAGCAGGGCUUCAUGAAAACCUGACAGCUGUCAGUGUUCAGACCCUGUUACCACCAAAAAGGGGGCCCUGAUGAUGAGAAAAGAACAAGCCGUCCACAGCUACCCACCUGGACAGAACUGUUGCAGUCUGUGGUGGAGACAGUGUCCUGCCGGAGGACUGCUGUUUCUGUUUUCAAGCCGGCUUCCUGUGUGUGAACUGCAGACCACAGCUUGGCCGGCUGGCCGGCCUGACAGCUGGCCAAGUGACAAGUGAUCCCAGUUGUUACCUCCACUGGCCUGGCUGGACCUAUCUGCUACAUUUUACAGCAGGAGGGCGGGCCGAGGAGCCAGCAAAGCCAAGCCCGUCUGCAGUCCUUGCCGCCAGGCUGCUGACCCAGGUAACAGACCCAGUUCCUGAGGGUGGCAUCAGCAACAGCACGAUGACCAAGGCAGCAAGGGCUGCCACUCCUUCAGCCUCUUCCUGGAGAACCUCAGGGAGAGCCUUCCAAGAAUUUUUCCCAGGCCGCUUUCCAGUGCCGAGUAAACGGUUCUGCAGCCCGGCUCCUGGUUGGGAGCCCCUGCCGCCAUUUCCUGCCUCCAGCCACUGUGAGUUCCCCUGCCCUGCCCUUGACUGCCCACACUGGCACCUGCUGCUGACCCCUUCACCUCUGCCCACCUCCACAGAGUGCCAGGACCUCCACCCUGUGACAUCUGCCCUUGAAUUUUAUGGCAGUGCUCUGAAUACUUACCCAGGGAAACACAUUAAAGGGACUGCAUCGUUCCUCA